AUGCGCAAAUUUUCGCAAUUCUGGCGCGAAUCGGCAAGCUUAAUAGUUCUUGCGCGAGCUGGAUCAAAGUCCAGCGCGGGACCAAUUGGGAACAAUUGCAAUUACAAGGUCCUUGUGUUCAAACGUCCUGCACGAACUUCUUUUAUGCCCAAUGCGGUCGUUUUUCCCGGUGGAGCUUUCGAUAAACAAGACUCGGCGCUUGCGUGGAACAGCUUGCUGCCAGCAAAAAUAAUGCAACCGUUAAUUAAAGUAUCUGGACCCAGGUCGUUUAUAUUUGAAACGGACAGUGAACAACUUGACCGUAACAUAUCGCUGCGUUUGUGUGCCAUACGAGAAACAUUUGAAGAGCUAGGCAUCUUGUUGGCAAAGCGCAUAGAGGAGGAUCGUCGGGCAGGUUACGGAGCGGUAGUCAAGUGUAAAUCGGCUGACAUUGCAUCCUGGCAGAAACAUGUACAUGAUGGAGUGAAGCAGUUUCGAGAACUAUGUAACCGGAUGAAGGUCGUUCCGGAUGUGCUCAAUCUGUAUGAAUGGUCAACCUGGAUAACACCAACUAUUCUUCACAAGAAGCGUUUCGAGACGGCAUUUUUUCUGAUCGCUUUGGACGCACUGCCAGAUGUUCUACCAGAAUCCAGCGAAGUUCAAGAAUAUUUUUGGGAUACUCCGAGGAACCUUCUCGAAGCUCACAACACUCAUCGUAUUUGGCUUACACCUCCCCAAGCGUACGAACUGAAACGGUUAAGCUAUCUGGAUGACAUCGACCAAGUGGUUGCGUUUGCAAGGGCGAACCGUUUCGCAAAGGGCACUACACCUCUCUGCCCCGUUGCGUUCACUGCAUCGGAUGGCGUAGUUUUGGCUUUGCCGGGAGAUAGUCUAUAUCCCGCUAACUAUGACUACGUGACAGAACACAGCAAUGCUAACCACUACGCGAACAAGUCAAUGGAAGAACUACGACGCAAUGCCAUUUUGUUGCAUCGAUUAGAACUUGUGGGAAAAUUACAUGCAGAUGGAUUUUUCCAAAGUCAGCCGGCUUUAGAUGAACAUUUACAUCUUACGGGAGCCAACCGACAGUUGACCUGA